UGCAAAGUGUUGACUGCUCUGUGGCAGGACCACAGCGCUGCCCCCCGGGCUGCGAGGCUUUAAGGCUUGCGCCCGGCUGUUGCUUUUUAUAAACGGCCUCUCUCGCUGCUCAAGUUGUCGCCGUCUCGGGUUUCCUCGGCGGAAGAUGGCGGCUCUGUGCGGCACGCUGCUGAGGGGCAGCCGGGGCGUCUUUAGCCCCUGGAGGCAGAACUGCAGCUGUUUCCUCUCCACUAGCGCUCAACGGUACACCAAGUUCUACGAUGACGCUGAGGCUGCUGUGAAAGACAUUCCAGAUGGUUCUACACUACUGGUUGGAGGCUUUGGGCUGUGCGGCAUCCCAGAGAACCUCAUCAAGGCUCUGCUGAAGACUGGUGUCAAGGGGAUCACAGCCGUCAGCAACAAUGCAGGAGUGGAUAACUUUGGCCUGGGGCUUAUGCUGCAGACCAAGCAGAUCAAGAGGAUGGUGGCGUCCUACGUGGGUGAGAACGCGGAGUUUGAGCGCCAGUACCUCAGUGGGGAGCUCGAGGUUGAGCUGACGCCACAGGGAACUUUGGCCGAGAGAAUCCGGGCUGGAGGGGCAGGUAUCCCUGCGUUCUUUACUCCGACAGCGUACGGCACGCUUAUUGAAGAAGGUGGCGCCCCCAUUAAGUACAACAAGGAUGGCAGCGUCUGCAUAGCGAGUGAGCCCAGAGAGGUGCGGGAGUUUAAUGGCCGACACUGCAUCAUGGAGAAGGGAAUCACUGGCGAUUUUGCCCUCAUUAAGGCUUGGAAGGCGGAUCGAGCUGGGAAUGUCGUUUUCAGGAAGACAGCACGCAACUUCAAUCAGACCAUGUGUAAAGCUGCCAAAGUGACAGUGGUGGAGGUGGAGGAGAUCGUCGACACGGGAACCUUUGCCCCUGAGGAUGUGCAUAUACCCAGUAUUUACGUUCAGAGGGUCGUGAAGGGGCAGCAGUACGAGAAGCGCAUCGAGAGACUCACGCUCCGGAAGCCUGGCGACACCAAGCCCAAAGCCAAGACGGAAGCCGACAUCGUGAGGGAGCGCAUCAUCCGCAGAGCGGCGCUGGAGUUCAAGGACGGCAUGUAUGCGAACCUGGGCAUUGGGAUGCCAAUGUUGGCCAGUAACUUCAUCCAAAAGGACAUCACGGUGCACCUGCAGAGCGAGAACGGCGUCCUGGGGCUGGGUCCAUAUCCGCUGGAGGGAGAGCAGGACGCAGACCUGAUUAACGCAGGUAAAGAAACGGUGACGGUGUUACCUGGGGCGUCCUUCUUCUCCAGUGACGAGUCAUUCGCCAUGAUCCGUGGGGGUCAUGUGAAUAUGACAAUGCUUGGCGGGAUGCAGGUAUCCAAGUACGGUGAUCUGGCCAACUGGAUGAUUCCGGGGAAGAUGGUGAAGGGAAUGGGUGGGGCGAUGGAUCUGGUGGCCAGCGCUGACACCAAGGUGGUGGUUACCAUGGAGCACACUGCAAAGGGUGGAGUGCACAAGAUCCUGGACAAGUGUACGUUACCCCUCACUGGCAAACGCUGCGUCGACCGCAUCAUCACAGAGAAGGCUGUCUUCGAUGUUUGCAAGGAGACGGGAUUGACGCUGAUUGAAAUGUUUGAGGGUAUGACAGUGGACGAAAUCCGGAAGUGCACUGGGUGUGAUUUCAGUGUCUCGCCAAACCUCCGGCCUAUGCCCCAGGUGGCAGUGUGACAGGCCCCUGGCUGAUGGGGACAAGGCUUCACCCAGGAUGACGGGGAAUCGUUCGGAUCCCUGCGGAAUGACGGCUUUACAUUUAACAAGUUUUAUUUUGAUAUUAGUGUUCAUCCCUUAGUUGCAGAUAAUUGCGUGUUCUCUGCUCUCUGGGGGGGGGUGAGGG